AUGGUUUCAGAUGCAAAUUUGUGGUCAGAUGAAGAUGAUUCAGACUUUGAGUUUGGAGGGGAUGAUCUUGAGUUUGAAAACUAUGAGGAACUUUAUAAUUAUAAUGAUAGUGAUUUUGAUGAUAGUCUUAAUAUUGAAACUUUUAUUAACUUAGAAAAUGAAAUUUUAAAUACUUUUAAUAAUAUUGAGAACAAUGAAACAACUUAUAAUGAUAAAUUGGACAAUUGUAAUUAUAAUUCCAUUGGUUUAGUUGACAAAUUUUUAGAAAAAAAUAGUGAAGUUUUAGAAGUAUAUACUAUUAAUUCUGAUAAGGAAACUAAUUUAAAUGAAAUAGUUGAUA